UUCAUAAAAAUGGGAAAAGAAAAGAUCCAUAUCAACAUUGUGGUUAUUGGCCACGUCGAUUCUGGGAAAUCCACAACGACUGGGCACUUGAUCUACAAAUGUGGUGGUAUCGAUAAGAGAACGAUUGAGAAGUUCGAGAAGGAAGCUCAGGAAAUGGGAAAGGGAUCGUUCAAAUAUGCUUGGGUGUUGGACAAGUUGAAGGCCGAGCGUGAACGUGGUAUUACUAUUGACAUUGCUCUCUGGAAGUUCGAAACUGCCAAAUACUACGUCACAAUUAUUGACGCUCCAGGACAUCGUGACUUCAUCAAGAACAUGAUUACUGGUACAUCCCAAGCUGAUUGUGCUGUUUUGGUUGUUGCUUGUGGUACUGGAGAGUUCGAGGCUGGAAUUUCCAAGAACGGUCAAACUCGCGAGCAUGCUCUUCUCGCUCAGACUUUGGGAGUGAAGCAACUUAUCGUUGCGUGUAAUAAGAUGGACACGACCGAGCCACCAUUUUCGGAAGCUCGUUUUGAGGAGGUCAAGAAUGAAGUCUCCAGCUUUAUUAAGAAGAUUGGUUACAACCCUGCAACCGUUGCUUUCGUUCCUAUUUCUGGCUUUAAUGGCGACAACAUGUUGGAGCCGUCUGAUAAGAUGCCUUGGUUCAAAGGAUGGGCUAUUGAAAGGAAGGAUGGAAAUGCUAGCGGGAAGACUUUGUUGGAAGCCCUUGACGCUAUCCUGCCUCCAAGUAGGCCUACUGACAAGCCACUCCGACUUCCACUUCAAGACGUUUACAAGAUUGGAGGUAUUGGAACUGUGCCUGUUGGACGUGUUGAGACUGGAAUUAUUAAGCCUGGAAUGGUCGUUACCUUUGCGCCUCAAGGAAUUUCUACUGAAGUUAAGUCUGUUGAGAUGCACCACGAGUCUCUUCCUGAAGCUGUUCCUGGAGACAAUGUUGGAUUCAACGUUAAGAACAUUUCCGUCAAGGACAUCCGACGUGGUUCAGUCACUUCUGACUCCAAGAGUGACCCGGCAAAGGAGACCAAGCAAUUCACUGCUCAGGUUAUCAUCAUGAACCACCCUGGACAGAUUGCUGCUGGUUAUACACCUGUUCUUGACUGCCACACUGCCCAUAUUGCUUGCAAGUUCGCUGAGCUUAAGGAGAAGGUCGACCGUCGAACUGGCAAGAAGGUUGAAGACAAUCCAAAGGCUUUGAAGACUGGAGAUGCUGGUAUUGUCGACUUAAUUCCAACCAAGCCAAUGUGUGUUGAGGCUUUUACUGACUACGCUCCACUUGGACGCUUCGCCGUUCGUGACAUGCGUCAGACUGUGGCUGUUGGUGUUAUCAAGGCUGUCGAGAAGGUCGAAGCUGGUGGAAAGGUUACCAAAUCUGCACAGAAGGCUGGUGCUGCUGCUGGAAAGAAGAAAUAG